ACAGUGCGUUUAUUAAUGUUCUUGCAGAAGAAAAUAAUUAAUAAUGUGCUCAAUAUGAAAUUACUCUUAGUCUUCAGUCUAAUUCUGGUUGUCCGGGAGACAAAUGGAUUUAAUCUUCCACCAAUGGCACCGUUUUUCUUCCUGUGUAAUUAUCAUGGUAACGUUCAAGAAAUGGGGGUGGAGAGAGGAGAGGUCGCAUUAAGUGUCACGGUGAAGGGAGAUCCAGAAUUUUAUAUACCAGGACAAUUUUAUGAAAUUACUGUGACAUCUAGUAUGAAUUUUAAUGGAUUUUUUCUAACUGGUUUAUAUUCAAUAUCAAACAAAGCAAUGGGGAUGUACGCCCAGCCUGGUGUACAGGGUAACCAACCUGUCGGCCAGAAUCUUAUGUGUUCUAUAGUGCAUUCUCAUAUGAAUUAUCUCCCAACACAUGAACUGUCAUUUGUGUGGAUAGCGCCAAGUGCUGGGAUGGGUUGUGUCAGCUUCUUGGCAACAGCCAAUCUACAACAGCAGUUAUUAUUUAAAGAUACAGUUGUUUUACAGCUGUGUGAAGAAGGAGAUGCCUCUAAAACUCCCCUUAGACCAGACUUAGCUGAACUUCAUUCUGAAUUAGUUAUUCUUCGAGAUGAUUUUGAUUCUUCACCAACUUUUCGACAAGAUUUAUGGAAGGUAACAAGAGGUGGUGAAGUAUCAGAUAAAUGUGGAGUUGUUCUACAUGGUAACUCAGCUGUUUUCUGUGAGAAAGAAGGACAACGUCAAUUGAUAACUGUGCCGUUAAAUACAACAUCUUCUAAGAUUCUACAAUUUGCUGUGUCUGCUGGAUCAUGUGGUAGACGUGACAGUCAAGAUAAAGAUAUUGUUGUAUCUUAUAGUAUUGAUGGUUGUCAAAAUUUUAUAGAAAUAGAGAAAGUCAGGCCACCAACAACAUCAGCAACAGAGGUCCAUAUGGUACAUCUUCCAUCAGAAGCUAGAGGUCAGGGCAUUUGUAUACAAUGGCGGCAACUGCCUAAUCAAGUACGCCGUCUUCCAGAAAUUCCAGAAGUUUUGGCACAGGACGAACCUUACAAUGACAAUCCAUGGUCUCAAAAUUUCACAAACUACAACACAACAUAUCCAUACAAUUAUGAUGAUGACAAAGAAACCACAACACCUGCUAUUGAUUUAGAUCGACCACUGAACUAUGAUAAUGCGAAGUAUUAUGGAGGAGCUAAAUCUAAGAAAGGAGGAAAAUACCCAACAGCACCACCUUCCUUACCUUCCCCAGCACCUCGACGGUUAGAUAAACCUAAUGAUCCAAGACCAAGUCAGGAUGAUCCAUCGGGAAGUUAUAAAAGCUGUUGGGCAAUUGAUAAUAUUUUAAUCGUAAAUAUAGCUGAACCACCAAAAUUAUUAAUAGACGAUUUUGAUCCUGUUGAUCCUAGUAACUGGUUGUUCUUCCCCGGUGCUAAUAUACAACAAAACUGUCAUUCUGAUGAAAAUGCUAUAUAUUUUACUGAUAAAAAUCAAACAUUUAAUUAUAUGGUGACUCGGGACCUUGACCUUUCUCCAUAUGAAUUUGAUGAGGACAGUUUGCUUACUGAAGACUUUGAAUUCAAGCAGCAACCGGGAUGGGAGAUAAGAGGAGGUCAUGUAGAUGUUACAUGUGGUGAAAUAGGGACAGGGAAUUCGAUGGUAUUUGAUGCAGAUGGUAAACGUUUGGCCUGUUCACCAUAUAUGGACACAACAGAAGCGGGAAAUCUUCGAUUUUAUCUUGGUAUCGGAUCUGGUUCUUGCAAUCCACCGGGAUCAAAAAAAGCCUCCAUUUUAGUUUAUUUAGAAGAUGAAGCUGGACAGACACAAGUAUUGCAGAAACUAGAAACAGAGAGAUAUUUGGAACCGCAGUUAGUUUCCAUGGAAAUAAGUCCUUUUAAGAACGGACCUAGAGCUAGAAUAUGUUGGAUUCAGAAAACACAUCGUGGUGCUGGUCGGGAUGUCUGGGCUAUUGAUAAAGUGACUGUCUUGCCCACAAUACCUACAGAAAUGUCUCCUAAUAGAAAUCAAGUUAUUCAAUUUAAAAUCAAUUUACAGUGUGGGAUCAAUACACAGAAAAAUAGUCUUCAACUAGAAGUUUCUACGAAUCAUGGAUUGGAUUGGGUUCCUUUAUUCUCCCCCUGUUUACCAUCUGCUUGUCAUGGUGAUUAUCUCCCUUUUGAUUCAGUUUAUUCCUCUCAUGAACAAAAUGGAUGGGAAAGAAUAACUUUACCACUACCAUAUUUGGUUCAAACACCAUUUGUUAGAUUCCGUUUUAUGCAACCUGCAGAUGAUCCACAACCAAACUGGGCUGUUGAUGAUGUUUUUAUUGGAAAUUGUUUAUAUGGUUGUCAUGGACAUGGUUUCUGUCAUCAGGAAGGCUGUGAUUGUGAUUUUGGCUAUAAAGGAACAUAUUGCGAGGAGAGUGUAGUUCCUAAUCCAUCAACAUUCCAAGAACAUUUUGAAAAUCCUGAUAUAGUAGAAUCCUCUGGAUUGGUUGUAAUAGAAGGUGGUACAAUAGGUUAUGAUUGUGGUGUUGUAGCAUCUGGUAAAGCUCUUGUAUUCAAUGGUGAUGGUUUGAGACAAAUUGUAACAACUGAUUUUAAUACAACAGAUUCUUUGUACCUACAGUUCAGUAUUCGUGUUGGUAGUGUUUCUAUGACCUCUAAAUGUCCUGCACCCUCAUCCCCAAUGGAAUCAGUUGUUUUAGAAUUUACUUGUUCUGGAGGUGUUCAUUGGGAGUUUCUACGGGAAUUCUCAGCUAAAGAUUUCAAGCAACCAAUGAUGGAUUCUGUUUCUCUACCAGAUUCUGCUAAAAGAGAGUCUUGUAAGUUCCGUUGGAGGCAGAUGAGUCAUUCCGGCCGUGGUCAAGAUGUUUGGGCUAUAGAUGAUGUGAGUCUAUCGAAAAAGAUGAAUAAUAUGUUGGAUGUUAAUGCUGCGGAUAUGAAAGAUAUGCGAGAAGAUUUAACGGCACAUCUUGGAAAACUUGUUGAUAGUUAUUGUGGAGCACCUAAAAGUAUCACCUUUGCUGGAAAUACAAAAGUGAACGAAUCUAGAUAUUUAAUGACAGAAUCCCUGAACAUUGGGCCAUCCCAGAUGAUACAGUUUGAUUUAACAAUGGGUUGUGGAACUCCUUAUACCAAAGGGAUCGAUAAUCAACUGUAUUUAGAAUACUCCACAGAUCAUGGAAUAAGUUGGGGUUUAGUGGAAAAACCUUGCCUACCCCCAGAUAUCUGUAACACUUACCACUCAGGAACUCUGUAUCAUUAUUCUCAAUAUCCAGAAUGGACAAAAAUAAAUGUUUUAUUACCACCAGACACAUGGUCACCACAUACUCGAUUCCGCUGGAUACAACCAGAAUGGGGACCAACUGAUGCCUGGGCUAUUAAAAGAUUUUAUAUUGGUCAACAAUGUCCUGAUAUGUGUAAUGGACAAGGUGCAUGUGAACAUGGAUUAUGCAAAUGCGAUGAUGGUUUUGUCAGUAAGAACUGUCAGUCUGACUCCCCAAUGGAAUCAGUAAUACAUGCUGAUUUUGGUAUGAGAUAUGAACCAGAAAAAGACUUUCGUAAAAUAACUGGUGGGGAUGUUGUCAAGAUUACAGAAGGAUGUGGAAUUAUUUUGUCGGGAGAAUCCAUGUAUUUUUACAAGGAUGGUGUUCGUGAACUAGUAACCAAAGAUUUGGAUACAACAUCAGAUGAUUUUAUUCAGUUUUAUAUACGUAUUGGUGGAGGUGAUAAGCAUUGUACUGGUGGAGAAAAACGAGGCGAAUCAGUUUUAUUACAAUACAGUAAUGAUGGUGGAAUUAAUUGGAAUUUGUUAGAAGAACUUCACCAUACAGACUACAGAGCACCCAGAUUUGUCCAUCUAGAUUUAGCAGAUACAUCUAAAACACCUAGUACAAGAUUCCGUUGGUGGCAACCAUCUAAUUCUGGAGAGUAUCGGGACCAGUGGGCUGUUGAUGAAAUUUAUAUAGGACCAAAUGAACGGUUACCCCAACUAGAAGAUGAUUUCGAUAAUAACCCAGAUCCAUUUGAAUCUGGUAAUUGGUUAAUGGUAACUGAAGGUGUCAAUGGUAAAUAUUGUCAAUCAGGGAUGCCAGCCAUGGUUCUUGGUAAUCAACUAAAUGAUAAAUAUGCCGUAACGAAAGAUCUACAGCUUAACACAGAUGAUGUUAUACAAUUUAAGAUAAAUGUUGGGUGUGGUAGUAGAUUUAGAUGGGAUUAUCCAGUAAUGUUACAGUAUAGUCAGGAUGGUGGAAGAACAUGGCAUCUAGUACAGGAGCCAUGUUAUCAGCAACAAGACUGUGAUGGUGAUUAUACUGAAGGUAGUAUAUAUUAUCCUGGUACACAUGGUGCUUGGACUCUUAUUGUUAUACCUGUUCCUGAAAAGAUAGCUCAACAUCCAUCUCUGUUUCGCUGGUGGCAACCUGGAGAUAUGACUCAUAGUUUUGCAUUGGAUGAUGUUUAUAUUGGUUCACCUUGUGAUGAUAACUGUAAUAGAAAUGGUGUCUGUAAAAGUCAUCAAUGUCAGUGUGAUGAAAAUUUAUAUGGUCCAGAAUGUCAGUCUGAUGAACCACGACCAAUGGGAAUGCUUGAUCGAUUUGAUAAUAGGAAUCAACCAACAGCAUAUUGGAAUAAAAUUUUGGGAGGAUAUUUAGGUAGGGGAUGUGGUAUUGUUGAUUUUGGUAACUCUUUAUAUUUCAACGGACCAGGAACUAGAGAAGCCAAAACAGAUGCUUUAGAUACAACAAAUCUUAGAAUGAUACAGUUUGUGGUAAAGAUUGGAGGAGAGAGAAAUCAGAAUGGCUGUCGUCAACCUGAAAACCGUAAUGAAGGGGUCAUAGUGGAUUAUUCUACAGAUAAUGAGAUAACCUGGAAUAUAUUGAAAGUUAUUGAACCAAAGAUUUAUAAUACAACAACUCAGGUGGUACAGGUUCAACUCCCUAAAGAUGCUAAAACCAAUCAUACAAUAUUCAGAUGGUGGCAACCACUGGGUCAUGGAGGUAUGCCGAGAGCAGAAUGGGCAAUAGAUAGUGUUUUGAUUGGUGUAAACGACACAAAUACAGUUGGUUUCCAGGAUAAUUUUAACAUGAUGAUGCCAGAUCCUCACACCUGGUUCCUCGCAGAUAGUGCUGUUCCUAGAAUUACUUGUAACUCUAAAGGAAAUGCUCUUGAAUUCAGCUCAAAUACAGGUUUACGUUAUGCUGAGACUUGGGACUAUCAUGUGACACCGUCCACGUUUCUACAGUUUGAAAUAGCUAUGGGAUGUGGUUCUCUAUAUGGCACAUUAUAUAGUGUCAUGUUGGAAUAUUCCGUUAAUAUGGGUAAAACCUGGCAUCCUGUUAUAUCAGAAUGUAUGCCACCUAAUUUUGAAUGUAGUGGAUAUCAUCUGUCUAGUGAAUAUUCGUCAGAUCAACAUAUGAACUGGACUCGUGUCACUGUUUAUCUUCCACCAGGAGCUGUAUCACCUGCUACAAGAUUCCGCUGGCUACAGCAUACAUCGCAUCCUAGAGGUACAGUAUGGGCUUUAGAUAAUGUGUAUCUUGGUGAAGGUUGUCCCUGGAUGUGUUCUGGUCAUGGUUAUUGUGAUGAAGGGAAAUGUAUAUGUGAUCCAGGUUUUGAGGGUACAUUAUGUGUUCCUUCGGAACCACUACCAAUGUCUCUAAAAGAUGAUUUCCAAUCAGAUGAACCUGAUCGAAGUAAAUGGAGAGAAAUUUAUGGCGGUGAAAAUACUGAUAUCUGUGGACAUCUUGUUAAUGGAAAUUCUCUCACAUUUCACAAGGAUGCAUUGCGUAUGGCUGUAACCAAGGAUAUAGAUACUUCAAUGUUGACAACCAUUGAGUUUCACUUCAGAUAUGGCUGUGACGGCAAGCAAUUUGAUUGGCCGAGAACUCACAGUGUAUUAUUACAGUAUUCAAGUAAUGGUGGAAUUACAUGGAAACUUCUACAAGAGUUACAUUACAGAAAUGAAUCAGGCAAUCGGUUUUUUAGCCUUGCUCUGCCAAUGUUGGCAAGAAUGAAUGCUACAAGAUUUCGUUUCUGGCAGCCUAUGAAUGAUGGAGAGAUGCAGACUACGUGGUCAAUAGAUAAUUUAUUUAUUGGUACCAUGCCAAUGAAUCCUAGUAUGUUAUUGGAUGAUUUUGAUAAUGGAGAGAAUCCAGACAACUGGAUGUUUAUUAAUGGUGGUAAAACAGGAGAAUAUUGUCAAUUUAAUACUGGACCAACUACAAAUACAUCUGGAUUAUCCUCACUAGUCUUUCGUCAUACUGGAAGUGGGGAGAAGUCAGUUGAAACUAGAGAUUUAAACAUAGGACCAAUGUCUGUUCUACAAUUUGAUAUAAAUGUAGGCUGUGGAGCUGAACCAACUGAUAAAUAUCCUGUACGAUUAGAAUACACAGCAGAUGGUGGUAAAACAUGGCAACUAUUGGUGAUGAACUGUGCUGAGUUCUCUGAAGCUAGAUGUUUCCACAGUCGUCUUCCAGCUACUAUAUAUUAUGGUGGGACAACUGCUGAUUGGAGAAGAGUCAUUGUUCCUAUUGAUUCUAUACAUCUCUGUGGAUCAGUGAGAUUCCGUUGGCAUCAGGGUAUAAUACCAGAAUAUGAUUUUGGUCCAGAAUGGGCUGUUGAUAAUAUUUAUAUUGGUAUGUCAUGUUUGAGUCACUGUAAUGGACAUGGUCGGUGUAAUGAGAAUAUGAUGUGUGAUUGUGAUGAUGGAUAUAGUGGUAUGACUUGUAUACCAUAUGAGUCCAAUCCUACUUAUCUUAAAGAAGAUUUUAAUCAACCUGUACUGUUACCUUUCUCUCAUCGUGGUGAUUUACCUGUAGGACCGCUAAAUGAUGAACCGGUUAAAUUAAAUAAAGACAGGUGGUCUGUAUGGAGUGGUGUAGACGUGUCAACUGAUUGUGGUGUUAUAUUUACUGGUCCAAGUCUAUUCUUUGAUAACAAAGGGGAAAGAAGUUUAACCACCAAAGAAUUAGAUCUAACUAAAGUUAGUUCUGUAGAGUUUUACCUACAACAAGGAUGUCAUCAUCCAACCUUCCCAGCAUCCCCUGUAUUUCUACAAUAUACAGCCGAUGGUGGAGUACACUGGAAUACCAUAGAACAGUUUGACUUUCACAUACAUGGUCACAGACCUAAAUAUAUAGCACUACAUCUUCCUACUCCAGCUAGGACUAACUCAACACAGAUCAGAUGGUGGCAACCCAGUGUGGAUGGAAUUUAUGAUGAUUCUUGGUCUAUUGAUCAGAUUUAUAUUGGAGGUGAUAUUUAUGGUGAUAAACUACAACAAGAUCAACCAACUGAACCAGAUGAUUCAACAUGGCUGAUGUAUCCUGGGGGUGUGGUUGAACCUGUCUGUCAGUCAGAUGUAAAUGCUCUUCAUUUUAAAGAGAAAGAGAAGAUGAGAUAUGCUAUAUCAUCUGAUGUUAGUCUAGUAGAAGGAUCAUAUUUACAAUUUGAUCUAGCCAUGGGAUGUGAUAAACCAGAACAUUGUUUUAGUAUUUAUCUCCAGUUUUCAUUUGAUAUGGGUAAAACAUGGAGUUUAUUACAACCAGCAUGUAUACCUUCUAAUAUAGACUGUAGUUCAUAUUUUACUAGCUCUAUAUACCAAUCUGAUGUCUAUAAUAACUGGAACAGAAUAACAAUGGUGAUACCUUAUUAUGCCAGAUCUAAAUCUACACGUUUCCGUUGGCUUCAACCAGAUGAUUUUAAUCCAUCUGAUACCUGGGCAUUAUCACAUUUAUAUAUUGGUACAGAGUGUAGUAAAAUGUGUAAUGGACGUGGUCGAUGUUCAAAUAGUACAUGUGUAUGUGAUGAUAACUGGGAAGGUGAAGAUUGCAGUCAACCAGUAUCACCAUUGCUACAGAUACUAGUGGAAGAUUUUACUGAUGCUACUGACCCUGAUAACUGGUUAAAAGUUGUUGGAGGAGAAGUUGCUUCACCAUGUUAUUAUGUGGCUGCUGGAAAAGCUCUUCAUUUUACUGGGAGCUGUAAUCGUCUGUUAAUGACACGUGACCUUGACCUCAGAGAUUCCAAGUUCAUCCAGUUCUAUUUUAUGUUUGGUUGUAAUGCGUCACCAGUAUCGAGAAACGAGAGUGUUCUCUUAGAUUACUCAACAGAUGCUGGUAUAACAUGGUUACCAAUUACAGAACUUUAUUUUAAUCUUUAUUCAUCACCAAGUUUUAUAAGUAUCAAAAUACCCAAAGCUGCUAAGAAAAAUGGUGUAAGAAUACGAUGGUGGCAACCAGAGAAUCAGGGUAAACUACUCAGUGAUUGGUUAUUAGAUAGUGUCAGAAUAAAUGGAGAAGAAAUAAACCCUACUUUAUUUAAAAGUAACAUUACAGAUAAACUUGAUCCAAAAGAUUUUGUGACAGUUGAUAAUUUACACGCUGGUGAAUAUUGUAAUGAAGAGAAUGCGAUUGUUGGUACAACUAAAAACGGCGAGUCAUCAGUAUUAAUAACAAGGGAGAUUACUCUAGAUACAGGCUACAUGUUACAGUUCCUUUUAAAUGUUGGAUGUGGACAGCCAAGAAAUGUAUCUGCGAGUCCAGUCCAUCUUCAGUAUUCAACUGACCAUGGAUUGACGUGGAGUUAUUUAAAACCUCAAUGUUUACCUAACGAUCCACGAUGUAAUAAAGGUCCUAGCAUGCCUAGUAUAUUUUACAGUACACCAGAUCCUGGAUGGCAGCGUAUCAGUUUAACUUUAGAGGGACUUCCUCUUUCAAAUGCUACAAGGUUCCGGUGGACACAGCCAUUUGGUGCUUCUCCCAAGCCAUCAACUUGGGCUAUCAAAGAUAUUUAUAUAGGUCCUGCCUGCCCUAACUAUUGUAACGGUCAUGGUUACUGUGACUACCCAACAUGCAUCUGUGAUGAAGCAUAUGGUAAUGAGGCUUGUCAAUCAAUAUUUGGUGAAAAUAAUCCGACCCAGUUAAAGGAUAUGUUUGAUGAACCUAAUGUUAAUCGUAGUAAAUGGUCCGUGGUACAAGCUGGUGAUAUUGGUGAUCCUUGUAAUAUCUUAGUUCAAGAUACAGCUCUUGUUUUUAACGGACCAGGUAUACGUCAAGCUGUAACAGUUGAUUUAGAUCUUAGAGAUGCCAGAUUUGUACAGUAUACAGGUCAGAUAGGAGGUCAGAGUCAAGUGACAGGUUGUUUUCUACCCAAUACUCGUGAUCAGAGUGUUAUACUACAGUUCUCUACUGAUGGAGGUAUAUCAUGGCAGCCACUGCAUACAUUAGACUACACCAAUUAUUUAACACCCAAACAAGAUUACAUACAUCUACCUGAUAUAGCUAGAACUUAUAGUACACGAAUACGAUGGUGGCAGCCAUUAUCUAUUAAUCCUACAGCAGAUAGACCUACAUGGUCUCUAGAUAACGUAUUUAUUGGUGGUACAGACAUUAAUCCUAGCACGUUUCAGACAUCAUUUAAUGAGAGUAUACCACAGGAUGAUGGUGGUAACUGGGAGUUUAGUCCGUUUGGUGAGAAGAGUGAUACAGUGUGUUCUAGACAAGAUGAUGUGGUGUCAUGGAAGGAAGGAAAAGGAAGCCGCCAUUUUACAACAAACCAAUUAAUUGUGCAAACUGGCUAUAUGUUACAAUUUAAGAUUGUGGUUGGAUGUAAUAAAGUGUAUAAUAUAUGUGAAGACCAUUCACCAAUAAGACUAGAAUAUAAUCGCAAUCCUUCCUCGGAUAAAUGGGACUUAGUUCGUACUCUAUGUGUACCAGAUUCUAACAAUGAAAUGGAGUGUCGACCACAACAUCAACAUGAGGCCAGUACUUACAAUAUUGGUAGUCAUCCAUCAUGGACGAGAAUCACUAUGGAGCUUCCUGAUAAAGUCUACUCGGCUUCUACUAGAUUUCGCUGGUUACAAGACAGUCCUGUUAAAGCAGCACCAGGCUUUGCAUUAGAUGAUAUAUAUGUAGGAGAAUCAUGUCCUGAAAUGUGUAAUGGCCGUGGUGAUUGUAGCUAUGGCAACUGUGUGUGUGAUGAAAACUAUUAUGGUCCAUCAUGUCUUCCAAUAGGAUCUCGAUUACCACACCGAAUGUUUGAAUCGUUUGAAGGUGGUAUCUUUCCAUCCUAUUGGUUGAAAAUAUCAGGUGGUGGUAUAGGAUUUGGUUGUGGUGCCUUAUUACCGUAUGCUCAUGGUAAAACUUUGUAUUUUAAUGAUUGUGGUAUUCGACAGGCAGUUACAGCAGAAAUGAAUUUACAAUCAGCAUCAAAAAUAAUAUUUGUGUUACAAAUUGGUUGUAAUGCUCAGACAAGUAAUUGUAAUGUUAAAAUUGGUGAUGGACCUGAUUAUAGAGGAGUUUUAUUACAGUAUACAACAAAUAAGGGUGCAGAUUGGAAAUUACUUGCCCGUCACAAUCCAGAUCAAUUUCUUCGUCCCAAGAGAAUGGCCUAUGAUAUCCCUGAUGAAGCUAAAAAAGUUGGUGUACAAUUCCGCUGGUGGCAACCAGUUCAUGAUGGGAAGGGUUUUGAUCAAUGGGCUAUAGAUCAUAUUGAAAUAGUACCGGGCAGAAAACGACACAGAAAGAGAUAUAGAAAAGGCUAAUUGAUAUAUUUUAGGAUACAUUUAGAAUAAUAUAGUCCAAAGAAAUAUAGAUGCACUGCUCUGUUACUCUAAUUUCUAUUAAGACACUUUUAAAAAUGUAUAUUCACUUAUCAACAAUUGACAAACUAGCUCAAGGGCUACUACAGUAUAUAUGUAUAUGUAUAUACAAUACUCCUGUAAAUAGUUAUAUAGUCUCUGAUCAAAUGUAUCAACUUCUUUGUAAUCAAACAUGAAUUAUAUUUUUUGAUGUUUUGUAUAUGAACCAAAUUAAUUCUUGUUUACUUUUAUCUAUAUGUAUUACGCCCAUAUUUGAAAUCAAAAUUGCAAGUACAUGUAUAACAACGAAACCUUUUCAAAGGGUAGUUUUAUUUUUAAAUGUCCCAAGACAUUUGCCCCAUAAAAGAACUUGACUGGUAAUACAUUGUAAUAAUGAUUGGUAUAUAUUUUUGUAUAUUUUAUAAGAAAUAAAUAGUCUUGAAGUAACAAA